AUGAAGUACCUCGUGGGCGGGUCUACCGGAUUGGUAAAGCUCGUGGAGACAGCGGAUCGCUCUCUCCAGAGCUUUUCGCCGCCGACGGAGCAGGAGCUUGGUCGCAGGGUGACUUGUAUGUGUUGGUCAGGUGGAAGCAGCAAUGAGGCUGCCUCUGAAGUCACGGUGGGAAUGUCCAACGGGCUCGUUGUCACCUACGCCUACCCUUCCAUGGAGCGGCUGGUGGAGUUCACGCUGCCUUCGCGAUGCGUCUACAUCCACAUGCUGGGCAAUGCUAUCGGCAACGCUGGGAGGCAGAUAUACGAGGCACGGAGCGCCGAGUACCCGGCGCUCUACGUUGACACAACGGGGUCAGAGCUGCGGAAGAAGCAGGGAAAUUAUAUGUGCUGCGUCUCGGAAUCAGGCCACUGUAUAGUUGUGGACGUGGAUGAGAUUAAGCAGGAGGUUCAAACCUCAUUUGACCACGUCAGCGAUGACGCGAACGAUUCGGAAGUUGCUAGGGAUGUCAAGAGCGCUGACACUGCCGGACGCAAAUGCAAAGGUAAAGACAGCUCAGAUUCCGCCGGCGGAAACGGUGGCGGGAAACGCCUAAAAGUCGAGAUGAUGUAUUCGUCUGACAAGGAUGACAAGGUGCAGCACCUGUCGAUUUCUGGAGGCGUAGCGGCCUAUAAAUUCAAGGGGCCGAUAACCGCAGCGACGCAUAGCUCGCUGCUGCCGAAUCGCCUGGCGCUCGGUGGGCCCAACGUACCGCCGUUCCUGUUUGACAUAUACGCCGGCAAGGUGCUAUGGACGGGCAAAAUGCCGCACCAGUCGCUGUUGGGGCUACAAUCGCAACUCGACGUUCGCAGCAUAUGCUUCAUGGAGGACCUGGGGCCAGACAUCAUCGCAGUUUCCACGUCAAACUCGUCCAUCUACUUCUACGAUAUGACGUGCCAAAAGAAGCCGGUGUAUGACCUCAAUGUCUGCGAUCGACGCAGCAGGUGCAUAUCCGGGCGCCGGCUUGCGCUUCACCACAUCAAGGAGUACAACACGGAACGUCGCAAGGAGGUGAAGCAGUCGGUGAAUGAGUUUUAUACCUCAGACACGCGUAAUAUCGUCAAACUGGUCACCCGCCCGCGCCGACCGUCGGAGGAGCAGGACCACUACGAGACCAAGGACACCUGUGACCUUUUCGCCAGUGACAAUGUUGGCUCGAUUUAUCACUUCAAGGUCGUCACGGGGGACACGCUCGUCAGCUUGCUAGAAGAGAAGAUGCGCAAGUACCAACCCAACCCCGACCAAGCGAUGAGCCGCGACGACGUCAUCAAGCACCUCAUCGAGGCGCGCAAGCGGUUCGGCUCGGCUAGUGCGAACGACACGCCGUUGCACUGCGCGCCCCCCGGUGCCAACCAGUACAUCUGCCAACUGAAGGGGUGCUACGCAAUACACAACGGUGCGGUGCCGGACAUCUUUUGCGUGGGACACUACCUCAUAUCGGUCGGCCUUGACCGAUUCACCAACGUGUACAACGUCAGAACGCGCAAGCGGGUAUUCCGCAUGUACUGCAACCAGAAGCAGACUGCCCUGCUGCCGUUCCUCAGCGAGCUGUACCAAGAAUAUGAAUCCACGGAAUUCAAGCAACUCGAUGUACCCGUUGUGAAGCGCGGCAAAAGGCCGGCGGCAUCGGGCGCUGUUGCCGACCGCGGCGACGGACACGAUGACGACGGCUCCAUGGACGUUGAUGGGCCGGGUUCUGGAAGCGACGACAUGGAGGACGAGUUCCACGACUCCUCGAGCAACGAGGGUGAGUUCAGUGGCUCUGAUGACGGUGAAGCGGAUUCCCCGGACGGCUCGGAAGGCGAUCCAUCGGACUAUUCAGGAGACGAUUAUGACAUGUCGGAUUCCGGAGCAGAAUCCGACAGCGACGCUACCGACUCGUAA